GUUACUAUAGCUUGUGGUUGCUGAGAUAUUCCAGUAGUAAAAAGGGCUGAGUUGUAUGGAAUAUAGAGCUGCGUCGCCAGCUUACAUGCGUCGCUCGCUUACCAGUUACGUUAGGCAAGCGUCCAGAAAGAGGCAUAAUUGAGCACGUGAUAUCGCGGUUCUCGUGUCGACGCAGUGGCGACACGAGCCGAGGGAGUUACUUACAAUCAUCUCUAGUUAUCGCAGUGUCGAGGGUCGUCCCACCGGUUGGGCCGUCGACUUUCGUGAGCCUUCAAGACCGUGUAUACUGUUCACUGUUUGGUCUAUGAGUGCGUCAUAAGGUCAUGUACUCGAGGGUAACUACUAUGACGCAACCUUAGAUCCGCCAUUCGCUAGGUCAGCAUGGGUGUCCAUGGGCUUUGGACCGUUUUGCAACCUUGCGCGCGGCCUAUAAAACUAGAGACACUGAAUAAGAAGCGCCUAGCGGUUGAUGCGUCGAUCUGGAUAUAUCAGUUCUUGAAAGCUGUACGUGAUAAAGAAGGGAAUGCCCUUCGUAAUUCUCAUAUCAUUGGCUUCUUCCGUCGCAUCUGUAAGCUGCUUUACUUCGGAAUAAAGCCGGUCUUCGUGUUUGACGGUGGUGCACCGAUUCUUAAAAGACAAACCAUAGCUGGCAGGAAGAAAAGACGGGAGGGUCGCAGAGAGGAUGCCGUACGAACCGCCGGGAAGCUGCUUGCCGUGCAGUUGCAAAGGUCCGCGGAGGAAGAGGCAGCCAGACUCAAAAAUGGAGUGUCUGGAGAGCAAGAGGAAGUCCCGGAUAUUCCGGUGUAUGUCGAAGACGCUGGUAUGACCGAGAAAGAGAAGCGCCAAGCUCGGUCAUUCAGGAAAAGGGAUGCUUACCACCUCCCGGAUUUACAUGUUUCACUGGAAGAGAUGGGGGCUCCAAACGAUCCACGGAUUAUGUCUCGUGAAGAACUUGAAGAAUAUGCAAAGCAGUUUUACAGAGGUGAAGACAUUAACCUAUACGACUUCUCCAAGAUCGAUUUCGAUAGCCCAUUUUUCAUGAGUCUCCCUGCCACGGAUCGAUAUAAUAUCCUAAAUGCCGCGCGACUACGAAGUCGGCUGCGCAUGGGUUAUUCUAAGGAGCAGCUUGAUAAUAUGUUUCCCGAUCGUAUGGCCUUCUCAAAGUUCCAAAUUGAGAGGGUGAAAGAAAGAAAUGACCUUACUCAACGUCUGAUGAAUAUUAACGGCAUGAAUGGUGAAGAUGCUUUCUAUAAAUCGGGCCAGCGGAUUGCUGGAGAGCGCGGUAAGGAGUAUGUGUUGGUCAAGGACAAUGCCGUGGAAGGUGGCUGGGCGCUGGGUGUCGUAGGAAAUAAGGAUGAAGGGCGGGAGCACAAACCUAUCGAUGUCGACCAGUAUGGCAAGCAAGAAAUAUGUCCAGAGAAGGAUGAAGAUUCGGAAGACGACGGGGGCUUUGAGGAUGUGCCCAUAGAAGGCCUCAACCGACUUCCCAAACUUGAGUUCCUUCGAGAAGGCAUCUUCGAUGCUUCGAUCAGACAGCAAAUGCAGGAGAACCCUGAGCGAAGGGCCACUCAUGGUCUGCCACAGAGCCAUGAAGAUGACUCUCUUUUCGUGCAAGAGGAUGAGCACGAAAGACCACACCGCCGCGGCCGUCGCGCUAUUGAUGAUAUAUUUGAGAUGGAUGGAGAGAGUCAAGAUGAGGAUCUUCAAAAAGCGAUAGAAAUGUCGCUGAGACCCACAUCUCCUCUAGAUCAACACGAUAACGACAUGCCAGACAUCUCGAUCAAUCGUAGCAGUGUUCCUCUAGCUCCGCUCAAGGAAACCAUACUAGGUUUCAGUCCUGAAAGCGAUGGUGAUGACAAUGGCAUAGACUUUGCAACUGCCCUGGCGCAGUCGAAGAGGGCAAAGAAAGACCCAGUCUCGAAUAAUCCUUUUAAUGGGCCUCUCCCUUUUGAGUCUAUCAAGCUUGACAAGCCCUUCAAAAUAAAAAAGCCCCAACAUGAAGAGCUCGAUCAGCAUGCAGGUGGCUUCGAAAAAGAACCAGCAAAGCAAACAAUGACCGAACAACCGUUACCACCUUGGUUUUCUGGGGGGAGCUCGACUGCCGAGUUUAUUGCCGAUAACGAUGAUAGCCCAUUGGAAACUCAUCGAGAUAGUACCAUGACCCCAGACCAUGUUUUCCUGAAAAAUCAUCAAACCCCCACAGUCAUUGAUGUUGAUAUGCUUCCUGGCUCAGAUGAGGUGAUUGACUUGGAAGCAAACUCUGAGGAGUGCAAACAGCCUCGGGCUACACAAACACUGAACAAGACACAGAGCCCGACAAAGGAUACCACGGCUGCAUUCCGUGAGAUUUCUACGACAGCUCCUGAAGCUAUCAACAUUCCCGGACAAGUUUUUAUUGCAGAGACUGCCCAUGAACCAUCUACUUCCCAUGAGAUAGAGGCUAGUAGGGAUGAACAGGCAAACCUGUUGCGUACCCAACCGUCGCCAUCUCCCGAGUUUGAAGAUGUUGAGCUACACCCAAAAGAGGCGACAACUGGCACUGUCGUUCCUGAGGUGGAGUCACAAAGCCAUCGAGUUGAUCAGCUUGAAGAUAUAACUGGGGAAGAUGAUGGGUUUUCAGACCCAGAAGAUGAGGAACUGAUGCGACAGCUUGCGGCUGAAGGUGAAGAACAUGUCCGAUUCGCGGCUACAUUGAACUCUACGUCGCACACCGAGAAUACAUUCGAUUACGAGCAGGAGCUCAAACAGCUGCGAUCCCAACAGAAGAAGGAUCGCAGAGACGCGGAUGAAGUGUCUCAAAUCAUGAUCUCUGAGUGUCAGCAACUUCUAACGCUGUUUGGCUUGCCCUACAUUACCGCACCAAUGGAAGCCGAGGCUCAAUGUGCAGAGCUGGUGACAUUGGGCCUCGUCGAUGGCAUCAUCACUGACGAUAGCGAUAUUUUCUUGUUCGGGGGUACACGCGUCUAUAAGAACAUGUUCAACCAAGGGAAAUUUGUCGAAUGCUAUCUAACUUCUGAUUUGGAGAAAGAAUAUGCCCUCCAUCGAAGGAAACUUAUCAGCUUUGCCCAUUUACUUGGCAGUGAUUAUACAGAAGGUAUCCCCGGCAUUGGGCCGGUGACAGCGCUGGAAAUUCUCACUGAGUUUUCUAACCUGGAAGAGUUCCGUGAUUGGUGGACCCAAGUUCAAAUGGGAGUGAACGUAUCCGACGGGGAGCAUGCUGCUUUUUACAAGAAGUUCAGGAAGCAGGCUUCUAAAAUCUUUCUGUCACCUUCUUUCCCGAAUGGCCAGGUUGAUGUGGCAUAUCUCGAACCCGAAGUCGAUUCGGAUCCAUCUCCCUUCCAGUGGGGAGUCCCCGAUUUACAUGGCCUGCGCAAUUUUCUGAUGGCGACGAUCGGGUGGAGUCAGGAACGGACCGAUGAAGUUCUGGUGCCAGUUAUCCGUGACAUGAACCGCAGAGAGCAGGAAGGCACGCAGUCUAACAUCACAGCUUUCUUCCAAGGACCUCAGGGGGCCGGCGCUUUUGCACCGCGUGUCCGCAGCGGAGGCCAGAGCCGAAUGGAAAAAGCAUUUAGCCGACUUCGACACGAAGCCAGGAGCGAGGCAGUCCAGUCUACACAAUGUACCAGAGCUGAGACCAACCCAGCGGAGCAGUUGGAAAGCACUGGUUCCUCCCAGCCUCCACAGGAGAAAAAAAAUAUAGGUACUAAACGGAGUGCACAGGCUAAGGAUAGUGUGAGUGGUGAUGAUGUCACCGGAAAGAAACGAAGGACCCGACGAACUAUUACGAAAAAGUAAAUAAAACUCUCUCGCUCUCUACUUUAUUAUUAUUCCUCUUUUCUUUUUCUCCCCCUUCUUCCUUCCCAGGUUGUUAUGUAAUAGAAGCUCGAAUAAACUAUAGAUGGCGCACAACCCCACUGUUAGUCAUAGCCACAUAAUGUUGCUUGGGAGCCAAUAGCUCGGGAUGCGAUCUGACGACGAUCCC